UUUAAGUUAUUAAGUAAUUUACGUUUAUAUUUCAGAUGAAACUUAUAAUAACACUGGCGGUGCUGGCUGUAAGUCACGCUCAUAUUAUCAGGCCAGCAUGUGACCUGAUCUCCAUCCAAAGUACUAUCUAUCAGAAGGAAGUGCUGAAAGAAAACGUAAGCGACCCGUACCAGAUGGCCAUCGACUAUAACACUAAUACGCUCUUCUUCAGUUAUUCAGCAGCUAAUCCAAUUACUGAAGGAGAUGUGUUUGAGCAAGCGUAUUUAAACCUGAAGACUAACGAAUUUCACAUCAUUUCUGGUAUCAUUGGUGGAUUUGCCGCUACUGUCGACAAUACUAACCACAAGGUAUACCUCGGUGGAAGAAACGGCAUCUACGCGUUUGAUAACGAGGCAGACAAAGCAACCCAUGUCAACCCUAACGGAUACAGCAUUUGGCAAUUGUUUUUCAAGGACAAACUUUACUACACUGCCUACCCACAAGAAAGAGCGUACACUUUUGAAGGUGGCAACUCAAUUAUAGUACCUGAACUGAGUGAUACGAUGGUACAACUAGUAGCUCUUGAUAAUGAUCACAAUAUGUAUUUCUCCAACUCAUCUGGUCUAUUUCGUUUGAAUAAAUCUGACAAGUUAAUUGUCCAACUAGGUGAAUAUACUAUUAACAGUUUCACAGCAGACAUAAAUGGUAAUUUGUACUUCUCUACACCUUCUGGUUUUUAUAAUAUUGAUAAUAACAAAAAUGUACAUCAACUAGUUGAUGUUGAUGACGUUUUCGGAUUGGUUGUCGAUGGGGAUAAUAACUUCAUUUACGGGUCAGGAGAUAAAAUUAUCAGAUUGACUCCUACCACUAAAAAACAUUGUUUUUAAAGUGA